AAUACUUAUGGCAACAGAUUGGAGGACAAUAUUGUGACAAGAAGUGGUCAUGUAAGGCACUCAGUGAAUUUUAAUAAAAACUGGCAUCUCAUUGAUUAAUAUGAAAAUAGUUCCUAUGCUAUACUGUAUGACAAAUAAAUUUUAUUCUCAUGUUUAAACCAAAUUAGAUUUUGAUUAAAUGCUCCAUGAAGCCUGAAAACAAAUGCUAUAUUAAAUACUUUAUUAUUUUUUUCCCCCCUUAGUAAUAAGGGCAGAGUUCUUUGAAGAGCCACAACAAAUUAAUUUAAGUGUAAGGGUUUUCACAGCUAGAAAAUGAUGGAAGAGGCUGACAUAUACAAUCCAUUCAUGUGGAAACAAUUAUGAAAUUUUCUGAUUUAACAGUUUGGACAGAGCUGUUUGUCAGAUGAAAACCACCAUUCUAAACUUAGUCCUCAUCCUUGUGUCACUGAAGCAACAGAUGGUGAUGAGAUGUUUGAUGUCACUGACAAUGAUCAAUUCCGUGGUGACGAGGCCGGAGAUUCGCUAGAUAAUGAUACAAACAAUAACUCGCUUGAUAGAGAUGAUGAAGGAGAUGAUGAAGAAGAGGAAGAUGACGAAGAUGAAGAUGAAGUGGACGAUGAUGAAACAGGUGAUAUUGUGCGCCC